AUGGAGCGUCGCACAUUUGAAGCUCCCAUGGAGUGGGAGUACCAGAAUACAGGGCCCAUCGAUCUGACGAGCCCGUUUGCGCAGGUGGCCAAGAAGCGAUCAGACAACUGUGGUUCGUCGCCCAUCAAGUCGUCGUCCGCGAGCGGUUCGUUCUCCGUCUUUGGAACGCCGUCGAAGCCGCCCACGAAGUCAUUCUUCACCCCCCAGCUCGCCCCCAAGGUCGUUGCGCCGCCGUUUCGAAAUCCAGCAUUCACCACGCCGAGAAAAAUGGACGAGUCCUUCUCCUCCUUCACCACCGUCGCCGAGGACAGCCCAGACGCAACCGAGGCCUCGGCAGCUUCAGCAGUUGCAGCGCUGCCCAACGACACUUUGGAAUCAGAGCACUUGAGCGAUGUGACAACGAGCACCAUCACGACUCCCACCAAGAUCGACAAGGCCUCUCGCUACACCAGGGGGUCGCCUCGGAGGUUUGCAGCCGGCAGAGGGGAAAUCCGGCCAGUCAGCAGAGAGUCCCCGCGCAAGGAUAUGCAGGUGCUGAGGAAGAGGAAGCGCCACAACUACGACAAGGACGUUAGCAGCGUGAUCCGACACAUGCCGCCAGAUUGGGAGGGCGAUGCCUCGGACACGGACACGAGCGCGGUGUCGUAUGGAGGCACACCACUGGGCACAAAUGCGUCGCUACAUCCCCAUCCAUCAUCAUCAUCACAGCAGCGCCUGCAACAGCAGCAUGGCCCGAAACGCGAGGGCUGGUUUGUCUCUGCGUUGGGCACAAUGGACCGGUACCCGGGAGCUCCCGACCACAUCUACCGAUGGCUGCAGCUGGGACUCAACUGCUUCAUCAUUGGUGUUAUUUUGUUCUUUGGUUGGAGCGUUGUUGACGCUGUGCGAUCAGACAUCCGGAACGCCAACGAGAUGGCGCGGAUGGAAAUCAAAAGCCUCAUAUUAGAUUGCCAGAACCAUUAUAUCAGCAACGGGUGCGCCAAGAAUGACCGGCCAGCGCUGAUUGAGAUGUGUGCUGAGUGGUACGACUGCAUGACGCAGGAUUCGGAUGCCAUUAUGCGCGUCAAAGUCACAAUCAAGCAGGUGGCCGAUGUCAUCAACGAGUUUGCCGACGCAAUGAAUCUCAAGGCCUGGCUCCUGUUCGGCGCUAUUGCCAUCUUCGUCAUCUUUGCCAACAUCAUGAUUGGAUGGGGACGAUCCAAGACCCAGCCAGCGCCAGUACAUCCGCCCGCCUAUUCUCACGUUCCUGUUUUGGGGCCAGACGUCACGCCAGCGCAUUUCAGACAACGCUUUGAGAGUCCUGGGAAACACUUUGACACCCCCAGGUCACAGCGAUAUGCUUAUAUUGAGGACGACACCGAUUUUGACAUGUCAACUCCCAAGGCUCUGGGGCAAGGCUUUGGGUAUAUGCCAGCAGGGCGCCGCAGCCCAGGCAAGGGGGAGUGGUCAGCAAGUACAAUCAAGUACCACCGAAGUCCCAGCAGGGGAUAUUAAAAGAUGAAGCUAAAUUGACGAAUGGGUAUUUGCAUUUCGAUUGGUGUACACUAGGAAAAUUGGUCUGUUGCAUGUUUCAUGGAUUGGAAUGGAAUGGAAUGAUUUUUGUCGGCGUUGGCAGGGAGGGGCUGUGAACAGCUAUGUGGAAUUCGGUAUUAGGGUGGUGCAUCAGAUUCAUGGCAAAAUUCAGCUUAAAAGGAUUAUCAACAUUGAACAAUUGGUAGGACAUUGUCGUUCAAAGCGUGUGACCGGUUAGCAAUAUAUUGACGGUUUAUGAGCGAUGCGCAAUGUUUCCCAUUUUUUUGAUUAUACAGCUU